UGCGGGACGUUCGCCCCUCCCCGCUCCGGCGCCGACUUCAGGUCCCCGGCGGCCGCCGUAGCCGGAACUGUUUAGAGCGCGGCGUCCCGGGUGUGGGAGGGCGAGUGGCGGCUGCACCGGUGCCGUCAGCCCUGUUAGCCGCGCGCCAGUCCACGGAGAGGUCUUGCGAAGGGGAACAGUGCUUGGUGACCGCGCCUGACACCUGACCACCAGCCCGGCGUCGCGGCUUCGCCGCAGCCGGAGCUGCCGGGCCCGGUCGGUUCUGCGGAGGCCCGGGAUCCGGGAGCCAGGCUGCCGGGAAGCGUGGAUGAAAAAGGUGACCGUAGGCUGCACUUGGGAGCCUUCGGGAUCCGCGGAGGGGCCGCGGUAUUCGUGGGCUGCGCCGCGUGCAGCCAGCGGUCAGCUCCUCAGGAAGGAUGACAGUGAAGUUGGGCGACGCCGGCAGCGGGGAGGAAGGGCUCAAGAAGCUGGGCAAGCGGACGGCCGAUGAGGAGUCGCUGGACGGAGAGGGGCCCGGCGGCGCGGACGCGGCGGACAGCAGCAGCACAAAGAGGGACGGGCAGACCCCUCGGGCCUCCGGAGCCCCCGCGCCACCCAGAGGGCUGCCGACCCCGUCUCCACCGCAGGGCAGCCCCCAGGACCAGCACCAUUUCCUAAGGUCCAGCGUGCGACCCCAGAGCAAGAGGCCCAGGAAGGACGCACCCUGUGCUUUGGGCAGUGGUGGUGCCAGCGGUUCCGGGCCGCGAGGAAAAGGAAGUGACGGUGGUGCAUCAUCUUCUGGAAACGUGUCUGGGGCUACCCCUGCCACUCCUGCAGGAGGCUCGCGCUCCUCCUCCCGGAACAUAGGAUCUUCAGGGCCUGAGAAAGAAGAAGGAAAGAAGGUCCGAAGGCAGUGGGAGUCGUGGAGCACCGAGGACAAGAACACCUUCUUCGAGGGACUGUAUGAGCAUGGAAAAGACUUUGAAGCCAUUCAGAACAACAUUGCUCUAAAGUACAAGAAGAAGGGCAAGCCUGCAAGCAUGGUGAAGAACAAAGAGCAGGUCCGGCAUUUUUACUACCGCACCUGGCACAAGAUUACCAAAUACAUUGACUUUGACAAUGUGUUCUCUCGAGGGCUGAAGAAGUCAUCCCAGGAACUCUAUGGUCUCAUCUGCUAUGGCGAGCUACGCAAGAAGAUUGGGGGUUGUAUGGAUGACAAGAAUGCAACAAAGUUGAAUGAACUCAUUCAGGUUGGAGCCACCACAGUACGUUAUAAAGGGAGAAAUCUCCGGAUCAAGGCACCCAUGUGCCGAGCCCUAAAGAAACUCUGUGAUCCAGAUGGUCUAAGUGAUGAAGAGGACCAGAAGCCAGUGCGCCUACCCCUGAAAGUCCCAGUAGAAUUACAACCAAGGAACAACCACGCUUGGGCACGAGUACAGAGCCUGGCCCAGAACCCACGUCUCAGGAUGAUUGUGGAGCUACAUAGAAAAGUCUCUAGCCUCAUUGAGUUCCUGAAGCAGAAGUGGGCACUCCAUGAAGUACGAAUUCGGAAGACACUUGAGGAGAGGCAGCUGCAGGGUUCAAGCACAGUGCAGACCCAGGAGAAGGUGGCAUUGCACCUGUUCCCAGGCGAGAACUGCACGCUGACACCACUACCCGGUGUAGCCCGUGUGGUACACUCCAAGGCCUUCUGCACUGUACACUGGCAAGAGGGUGGCCGGUGCAAACAGGGCACUAAGGACAUACACUCACUGCCUCCAGCACAGAUCCUCGGCAUCCAGAGUGGACAGGGAAUAGCCCGGGGCCAGCUGAAGUGCCAGAGGAGCAGUGCUGAAGGCAAGGGUGGGGGGCGGCUCCUUCCCACUGCAGAUGCUUCACAGAGCUCAGGGGAAAGUUCCCCUGAGAGUGCUCCUGCAGAGGGAGCAGCUCCAAGUCUGAGCAGCCCAGAUGCCCCCGACAGGCCUCAUGGGCUCCAGGACUCUGGACCACACCUUGAGAAGACCCCUGUGACAGCCCUUGCAGUGGGUAGGGACAGCCCUAUUCAAGAAUCUGGGGCCCUGCCGUGUCCCUGUGGCCAGCCCCCAGACUUGGAAGAUGAACUCUCACUCCUUGACCCCUUCCCCCGAUACCUGAAGUCGUGCCAGGAUCUCAUCAUCCCAGAGCAGUGCCGCCGUGCAGACACACGAUCUGGGAGAGAGCAUCCUCCUCUCGGCAGCGUAGCUUCCCCAGAGACCCUCACACCCAGCAGCGGGGCGGUCGCUGACAGUGCUCCCCCUGGCCUGGACCCUCAACCUGGCACUGAUCAUCAACCUGACACCAGGCUUCAGUCAGAUAUUUGUACUAAAGAGCUAGCGAACGCAUCCUCUGAAGAGUCCCAGGAAAAAGGCAGCCCCUCAGAACAUCUGUCGUCUCAGGGACAGCCUGCUACCAGGCCUUCCAAGGAAGUCCCUGCCAGCCAGCUGGCCCAGCAGCUACGUGAAGAAGGCUGGAGCUUGCAGACCUCUGAAAGCCUCACACUGGCUGAAGUCUACCUCAUGAUGGGCAAGCCGACCAAACUGCAGCUGGAGUAUGAUUGGCUGGCUGUGCUGGGCCCCGAGAGCCAGGCACCCACAGCACAGGGCCAGACUGCACUAUCCCGCUCCUCGCCCUCAGCCCUCCACCAGCAACGCCUCCUGAGCUGCCUUCUGAGGCUCAUCUCCACUGAGGUCCACCCCAAGAUGGCUUUUGAAGCAAACACAGCAUCAACGGCUUCAGUCAGGCCCACCCAGGAGGAACAGUCCACAACUCCACCAGGGAAGGUAGUGACCAUCAACUCUCGGAGUCCCCGCUGUUCUCGAAACCCAUCUACCCUCCGAAGCAACAAGACUUUCCCAUCUGCUUCUGCCCCUUGCUCCCCAGGUUUGAGAAACCCCCCAAGGCCUCUCUUGGUGGCUGGUCCCUCCAGCACAGGAAGCAGUGACUCAGAUGGUGGCCUCUUUGCUGUCCCAACGACUUUGCCACCAAAUAGUCGACAUGGAAAGCUCUUCUCUCCCAGUAAGGAGGCGGAGCUGACUUUUCGGCAGCACUUGGACUCCAUCAGCAUACAGUCAGACUUUUUCUCACCAAAGCCCAAGAAACUACGGAAACGGCACUUAAGAAAGCCACUGGUGGUCCAGAGGACACUGCUCCCUAGACCUUCUGAAAACCAGUCCCACAAUGUGUGCUCCUUCUCCAUCCUGUCUAACUCUCCUAUAGCUGGGAGAGGCUGGUUCCGGCCCAUCCAGUCUUCUUUGACCAAAGCAGCUCUGUCUCGACCGAUAGUGCCCAAGGUCCUCCCAUCUCAGGCCACCAGUCACCUGCCCAGUGCCAUCGACUUAGCAGCUCAAAGUGCUGGCAUCAUCCCUGGAAGUCCCUUGCCAAUUUUAGAUACUGAUGGCUCAUCUGGCAUCUCUCCACUGUCUUCAGAACAAGCAACCACUGCCAUCUCGGGGCAGGGUGACACUGGACCACACCAGAACAGAGACCCUGUUACUGCUGUAAGGGGCACUAAUGACCCAUUUAUCAGUGUUACAAGACCAGAGCAGGAGCCAAUGACAGAUGGUUUCCAGGGAUCACCUGCUCUGACCUUACCUGAGCUGUCCAAGGCUAAUCUCCAGAAUGGCCUGUCCAUACCUUUACCCUCAUCGGAGAGCUCCAGCACCCGUCUCUCCCCACCCAAUGUUUCUGCACUGCUGGACAUAUCCCUACCUGGUCCACCUGAGGAUGUUCUCUCACAGGGAGAACCUGCCACACAGAUCAGUGACUCCAUCAUUGAAAUUGCCAUCAGCUCUGGCCAGUACAGUGAAGGAGUUCCCCUUUCUCCAGCAAAACUGAACGGCAGUGACAGUUCCAAGAGUCUUCCCUCCCCAUCUAGCAGCCCCCAGCCCAACUGGAUUGCCUCUCCCACUCAUGAUCCCCAGUGGUAUCCCAGUGACUCUGCAGAUUCCUCACUCAGCAGCUUGUUCGCCAGCUUCAUAUCUCCAGAGAAGAGCAGAAAGAUGCUACCAACUACUGUUGGGGCCAACAGCGGCACAUCUUUGCUUGGCCCUAGCUUGUUGGAUGGAAAUUCAAGGGACUCUUUUGUGUCCAGGUCUCUGGCUGAUGUUGCAGAAGUGGUGGAUUCCCAGUUGGUGUGCAUGAUGAACGAGAACAGCAUUGACUACAUAUCUCGGUUUAAUGACCUGGCCCAAGAAUUGUCCAUCACUGAGCCUGGCCGCCGGGAGGUUCUUUUUGAUGGUGGAGGAGGUGGUAAUCCUGUUGGUGACCUCUCUCAGUGACUAUGCUUUGUGACACGGGCAUCGUGGAAUCCACAAAGGAGGUCUACGGAGCUGGUCCCAUGAAUCUGUCUGCACAGUAGAGAAAGUCAAGCCCAGAAUCCUGAGAAGACAGUGAACAGGAGCACCUCUAACAGCAUAACAAUAUCCACAUGCAAAGGACAGCCUGUGCAACAAGUAGGGGUUGUACCAUCCACAGAAGCCAGGACAGCUGACCCGAGAAGGGUAGACCUCAGAAAUCCUUUUGGUAUCAGAGCCCUUGAAGUCCUGUAGCCUGUGUGGCGUCCUGACUGUAUGUCUGUCUGUGUGUUGAGCCUUCCAGGGGGUCUCCUCCUUGCAAGAGGAGUUCAUUUGCCUGGUGUUCAUUUUGUCUUUGGAGCUGUUAUCCAUGCGAAGGGAGGCCAUAGCCACUGCUGCUUUCUUUCUGAUAUCUUUUUUCCACUUGGCUGUUCUGUCUGCAGUGAUGUUGCAAGGGACUGUGAGUAUAGUCCAGUCUAUUGCCUGGUGGUAUCUUCAACCUAAGAUACUUCCUGGUUGCCUUGACCAUGAAGCAGAGAAGGGUCCCAGAGCCAUGUAGAUAAUGGUAUCUUCCCAAGACUACUUAGCCCUCAACUAGUGCUUCCUACCCAAACCAUCCAGAGGUGUGGUUCUGCCUGGCAUGAGGAAGGGGGAAGAAAUUUUGUUUCUUGGAGCUUGUAUGGAUGUUUUGUAUGGUCUUUCAAAGCUGGUUGGGAAUGGCUUUCUUGCGGUUUAAGAAUUGAGAGAUAUGGACAAGGAAUAGUAAGAGUCCUUUAUUUAGGUGGCUCUGCUUUCUACCUAUGCUUAAUGCCUAGUUCCUUCUCUCUCUCUCUCUCUCUCUCUCUCUCUUUCUUUCUUUCUUUCUUUUUUUUUUUUGGUUUUUUGAGGCAGGGUUUCUCUGUGUAGUCCUGGCUGUCCUGGAACUCACUUUGUAGACCAGGCUGGCCUUGAACUCAGAAACCCGCCUGCCUGUGCCUCCCAAGUGCUGGGAUUAAUGUUGUGCGCCACCACUGCCCAGCCUAGUUCCUUCUAAGUGAUCUGAGAUACCAUUUCUCUCUAAUGGCCUGACCCUACCCCAACCCCCAAAUGCACUGCAAUGUCUACAGAUUUUAUCCACACUUAAAAUUUCAUGUGUUAUUGCUGGUAUCUGAGGGGUGUCUUUGCCCCAGGCUAUCUCUCUUCCUAUUCUGGGACCCAAGCCAGGUUUAGAUGUCAGGGUGUAGGAAGAGCUCACAGCUUGAUGAUGUUUUAGCAGCCCUCUUCAGGAGCCCAGAGGUGGUCAGUCAGUUGUCAUGCUCAGGCCAUCGGACUCAGAGUGGUGCCAAAAAUACUUCCAUUCCCCUUCUUUGCCCUUUAGUAGAUUCUUGUAACAUGGUCACUCUUGCUGGACCUAGCAUAUCAGGUAGCCAUGGCUAUUUCUUGUUGAACAGGUGACCCCUGUGCUAGCCACGUCACUGCUCACUCUCCACAUGCUAGCCAGGGCUGACACCCCUCCCACCCCACCCCACCCCACUCCACCCCCUUUCCUUUUUCUUCUGAGACAGGGUUUCUCUGUAUAACCCUGCUAUCCUAUAACUUGAUUUAUAGACUGAGUUGGCUGGAGAUCUACCUGCCUCUACCUCCUGAGUGCUGGGCUGAAAGUAAUGUGCUACCACACCAAGCUUGGCAGGUCCUUGUAACUCCUAAAGCUGCCACCUCUGUUUUCCAGCUGUUCUAGCCUCCUUCCUUGCACAGUAGUACUUAAGAUCAUCCUAGGCCCUUACGUCUCUCUGUCUGCAAUGAAGAAAGGGAUGGGAAUGUCCUUUUGGGACACUUGAUCCAGUUGCCUCUCUGGCUACUACAAACCCUAGAGUGCAGGCUCUGCUCCAAAGACCGUAUAGGGCUCUGGUACUGGUGAAGGAUCUGUCCCAGAUGCUGACAUGCAGACCCCACAUCUGGUAAGAGUCAGACUGUUAGAUGAGAAGCGCAAGCAUAUGGUGCCGUCAAGAGACUGUGGUAAGGUAGCCAAUGUGUCUCUACCCAGUUGUGUGCUUUCAGCAAUGCCUUACUUAGCUGAAGGCAUUUAGAUCUUGGGACUGUAGCCUGUACCAGGCUAGGCUCAGGCCACUGCUAGCUGCUCUUCCUGUGUUUCAGGUAGACUCUCCCACAACAUUAAUAAGCAUGGGUGCUUGUAGAAUCCUGGUAACUGCGCAUGUAGAACUAGGUAGUUGGGCUCUUAAGCUGGUUUCCAUGAGGCAGUGAAUGCUGUAGGCACAUGUUAGUCUGUGCCGGCUAAAAGGAGUUGAGACGUCUUGAGGAGCAGAGACUACAGCCCUUGUCUCCCAGUAGCAAGCGGCAUCAGAUGGACUGGUGCGUUACUGUAAGGAAGCUGACAAGAUUCCAGAAGGUUCUUCACCAGCCAUACUGGUUUGCUCAUCAUCGCCACAUUAAAGGACAAAUGGUGGCAUUUGUAGCAGAGAAUCAGUGGAUACAACGUCUCCCAGCGUAAGCAAAUAUCCAUGCAUAAAACCUGAAAACUGCUAAAGGUUAGAGUUUUUUAAAAAACAAAACAAAAACAGCAAGGCAGGCUCCUGGGUUCUACAUCUUCCUUCUCUUCCUUCCAUCAGUUUGGAUGGUUGGCGUUCACUCGGGCUUCCUCUCCUCAUUGGAACUUAGUGUGACUUACAUGCGGUCAUUCUUUGAGAAAAUCUUUUGUUAAUAUUAAUGUUUCUUAGACAUGUUGAUUCAUCUUUUUAAAAGAUGGGGAACCUGUAUCUUUGGUGCUUGGCAUGGAUUGUGUCCUAGAGAAGAUGCUCAGGCGAGCUGAAGUCCAUAGAUCCUGUCGGGCAUAGUACUUGCUCAGGGAGUGGGACUUUGGGACAUUUCAUCUGUUGGUCAACCUUUUUUCCUACCCUCCUCUUCUUUUUCAUUCCUUGUGAUAGCCUCUGCUAGGGGAGGUGUCAUUCAGUUCAAUAGCAUUUUUAACCAAACCAUAUUAUUAGAAAUGGUCAAAAUAAGUUUAGAAGGAAAUUGUUUUAUGUACUUUAAAAACAAAUCUCCCAGAUGCAUUCAUGAGGAAAUACCGUACUUUGUCUUAAUUUAAAAAAAAAAAAAAAACACUUUAAAAAAGGAAAGAAACCCACAGUAUACCUUUCCCAGAGGCUAGCCUGGUGUGGUCAGUCCAGUUUUGGAAGCACUGCCCCAGCCAGACCCUUAUUCUUUCGUAAGAUCACUGGCUGGAGGGGUGCCCCCAGCAGGCAGAGCUCAGUGCUGUUUGCUUUGAUAAUCGUUAAGCCAUAUCAUCUGAGGUUUCCGGCUUGAGAUGUGAAUUUGUUUUAUAGACUAUAAAUAUACAGUGUAUGUAUAAAGCAGAAUGCCUGUCCUUCUGAUUAUUUUUUGUACCAUAUUGUAAAUUACAUUAUUUAUUCUUUACCAAUUUUUUGGGAAUAAAAGGUGUUUUGGUUAUUUAAUAAACAAGAACUGUUAAAACUUCGGCUAAAAUUUCCAGUUCGGCUUGUAAAUGUUUUUAUUGUGCAUAAAUACAUACUAAUACUUCAUCUAA